CUGACUGAGCCAGCUCACAAUUACUGGUUACAGGUCUCUUUUCGUUUUUAUUUGGCGGUUCACCGUGUCUUCCAUCCACUCUUUCCUAUUUUUCUCUCUGCGCCAAAAACCCAUCUGAUACAAAAUCGCUAACUCAACGUCCUUGUCGUUUAUCACUUUUUUAAACUACGCCGGUUCUCCCUCCACUAAACAAUGGAGUCUUAACAGAACCAGAUCCAUUUUGGCUCUAACUCCUCUCCCUCUAACUAUACCCUCUCCCUCUACCUAUACAGGGAUAUACUUCAGAGGGAGAGAAGUGCUAGUUCUCCUGACCUUCACCAAAACCAGAAAUGGCUUUUCCUAGGCGCCGUCAUCAUUAUUACAACCGCUUCCGUACUUUGGUUCCAUUGAUAUCUGCUGUUUCCGGAGUUCUUCUCGUUCUAUUUGGUCUCAUCUCUAUUCUCGCCCCGUCUCCCAUAGAUUCCGAUAGCUUUGGCAACCGUCGCCCGCAUGACUCUUCGUUAGCUGUCGAGGCUGAUGUUGCUAUUGGAGAACCAGUUUUCCGUGUCCCGAGGGGCGGAGGGAGACUGGGUCAUGAUAUUUGGACAUCAAGAAAUUCCAAAUUCUUCUAUGGAUGCAGUAAUGCUAGCAAGAAUUUUGCAAAUGCUGACACUAUAACACAACAUGAUCGUUAUCUGCUGAUUGCUACAAGUGGAGGCUUGAAUCAACAAAGGACUGGGAUUACUGAUGCUGUUGUUGCUGCCCGUAUUCUAAAUGCUACUCUUGUUAUUCCGAAGCUGGACCAGAAAUCCUUUUGGAAGGAUGCAAGUAAUUUUGCUGAGAUUUUUGAUGUUGAUUGGUUCAUAUCUUCUCUAUCAAAUGAUGUCAAAAUCAUAAAAAGCCUUCCGAAAAGGGGAGGGAAAACUUGGACUCCACGAAAUAUGCGUGUUCCGAGGAAGUGUAGUGAGAGAUGCUAUCAAAAUCGUGUGUUACCCGUUCUUUUGAAAAGGCAUGCAAUUCAGCUCACCAAAUUUGAUUACAGGCUCGCAAACAAAUUGGACACGCAAUUGCAAAAAUUGAGAUGUAGAGUUAACUAUCACGCUUUGAAGUUUACUGAUUCUAUUCUUGAAAUGGGCAAAACAUUAGUACACAGGAUGAAGAUGAAAAGCAAGCACUACAUUGCCUUGCACCUGAGGUUUGAGCCUGAUAUGUUGGCAUUCUCCGGAUGCUAUUACGGCGGAGGUGAUCAGGAAAGAGAAGAACUGGGUGCCAUAAGGAGGAGGUGGAAAACUUUACAUAUGAAAAACCCUGAAAAGGAAAGAAGACAUGGAAAAUGCCCUCUCACUCCAAAGGAAGUUGGUCUGAUGUUGAGAGCACUGGGUUAUGGCAGUGAUGUUCAUAUUUAUGUUGCCUCUGGAGAAGUAUACAGAAGCAAAGAAACAUUGGCUCCCCUAAAAGCACUCUUCCCAAACUUCUAUACGAAAGAGACUCUAGCCAGCAAGCAAGAGUUGGAACGAUUUUCUUCUUUUUCUUCCCGAAUGGCUGCACUAGACUUUAUUGUUUGUGAUGAAAGUGAUGUCUUUGUUACUAAUAACAAUGGUAAUAUGGCUAGAAUAUUAGCUGGAAGGAGGAAAUAUUUUGGACAUAAACCUACCAUUCGUCCAAAUGCUAAAAAAUUGUACCGAUUGUUCUUGAACGAAGGUAACAUGACAUGGGAUGUGUUUGCUUCUAAAGUGCGUAGUUACCAGCGGGGCUUCAUGGGGGAGCCAAAGGAGGUUAGACCAGGCAGAGGAGAGUUCCAUGAGAACCCCCACACCUGCAUCUGUGAAGAUUCUGAGGCCAAAGCAAAGAAAGAUUCAGGACCUAGAAAGUAUGGGAAGGGUUAUAAUGCAACAGUAGAAGAUAACACAAAUGAUGAUCCAAAUAUUGACGAUGAACUAGAAUUGCCUGAACCCGACAAUGAUGGGGAUCAAGAAGGCCCGCCAGAGGAAGUUCCAUUUGAUGGCUCAGGUUUUGAUUACGACGGAUUCGACUCUGAGGAACCUGAAUUGGAAGAAAUUGUCUCCGAUUGAACUUCUUUGGGUUUAUGACACAUGCAAGAUGCAAGACAUUCCUUUCAAAAAUUCCAUUCCAUUCCUUGUGUUCGGCAUGUCACCAGUGUUGUUAAUCUUCUAUUUAUCUAUGGAGCAUCAGCGAGGUAAGGGUCUCUUAGUUGAAAAUAUCUCUCAGUCAGCCUUCCGUCUCUUUUGCUGUGGAAUUCGGGGAAAUGGAUAUGAGACCCAGACUUUUGGAAUUGAGCUUUAUGAAACUGCUUGUUGAGCUGCUGAUGGGAACAUUUAUUAGACAUCUUUGUAAAAAAAAGGAGAGGAUAGAUAGAAGGGCAGAGUUGAAACAAGAAAUUAAAGAGAGAAGGGUUAAAAGGGAAAGAAUUAUCAUAAUUGAAAGUAAAUUUUGAAGAUUUUUCCACGUUGUCUUA